AUGGCAUUCAAGUUGGCAGUUCUUGUCUGUGCCCUUGCCACCGUCCAGGCUGGAGUGAUCGCUCCUGUGGCUUACACAGCCCACCCAGCCCCAGUGGCCUAUGCUGCCGCUCCAGCGCAACUUCUCCACGCCGCCCCAGUAUCUAAAGUCGUUGAAGAAUACGACGCGCACCCACAAUACAGCUUUGCCUACGAUGUUCAAGACGGUUUGACCGGUGACUCCAAGAGCCAACACGAGACUCGUGAUGGUGAUGUUGUCCAAGGAUCUUACUCCGUUGUUGACCCCGAUGGCACCAAGCGCACCGUUGAAUACACAGCUGACCCUCACAACGGAUUCAACGCUGUUGUUCACAAGGAACCCCUUGGUGUGAAAGCUGUUGCUCCAGUCGCUAAGGUUGACCCACUAGCGUACGCAGCUGCCCCAGUGGUCCACGGUGCCCCAGUAGUCCAUGGCACGCAAUAUGUACACGCUGCUCCAGUCGUUCACGCCGCCCCACUUGCCUACUCAGCUCCUAUCUACCACCACUAA